UCAGGCUGGAAGGCGAAAAAGAGCAAGAUGGCGGAGUGAGCGACGUGGCUUUUUCAGGGAAGUUUCGCAUUUGCGGUCUUACAGAUAUAUAGACUCAAAUACAGCAUCAGAUAUCGCAGGAUUUGUCUUUUCCAAAGCCCGUGGAACGGAAGUCGGGUUUGGAGCGAUGGAGUGUUAUCUGAAGUGAAGAUUGAAGACGUGAUAGAAGAUGGACGACUACUGCUAUGCUAAGAUGGCGACGUCCGCUAAAAGAGAACAUGAAAGAGAAUCAGCGCCACCAACUUCCAGCAAAUCACCAACGGAGAUAAAGACGAAAGAUGAAGACGUCCAGCAGCUGAUUGGUCAUCCAGAAGAACUUCCCCCUCAGUCGGGGGCGAGCUCCAUUUUGAAGCAGGAGAUCCCACAACCACCCCGCAUUAAAAAGGAAGAGGAGGAACUCUGGAUCACUCAGGAUGGAAAGUAUCUUCUAGGACCGCAGGAGGAUAAUCUCACCAAGUUGCCACUGACUGUUGUCUCUGUGAAGAUUAAAGAUGAUGAAGAGAAACCGCAACCAGACAACCUCUUAGCGCCACUAUCAGAUAGUGAGGCUGAAGACGAGGUUGAAGUAACUUUGAGCAGCGAUACAGACGGUGAAAGUGAUAUGAGGACUCACACUGACAACAAACACUCUGAAUGCUCUAAAAACAAGAGCGAUAAAAAUAGCUGUUCAGCUUCUUUAAAAAGGUUUACUAGAAAGAGUGAUUUGACCAAACAAAUGAGAACACCCACAGGAGACAAAACAUAUAAUUGUUUAGUUUGUAACAAAAGCUUUUCCCAAAAAAGCAAUUUGACAGAGCACAUGAGAACGCACACUGGAGAAAAACCAUUUAAUUGUUCGGUUUGCGGUAAAAGCUUUACUCUAAAAAUUAAUUUGACUCAACACAUGAGAACACACACAGGAGAAAAACCAUUUACUUGUUCAGUUUGUGGUAAAAGCUUUUCUCUAAAAGCGAAUUUGACUCAACACAUGAGAACGCACACAGGAGAAAAACCAUUUAAUUGUUCAUUCUGCAGUAAAAGCUUUUCCCAAAAGAAUGGUUUGACUGAACACCUGAAAACCCACACGGGAGAAAAACCAUUUAUGUGUUCAGUUUGCGGUAAAAGCUUUUCUCAAAAUAGCAGCUUGACCGAGCACAAAAGAACACACAUAGGAGAAAAAACGUUUAAUUGUACAGUUUGUUGUAAAACAUUUACUAACAAAAGCUAUUUGACUCAACAUAUGAGAACGCACACUGGUCAAAAAACAUAUAGUUGCUUAGUUUGUGGUAAAGGCUUUUGUCGAAACGGCGAAUUGACUCGACACAUGAUAACACACACAGGAGAAAAAACACUUAAUUGUUCAGUUUGUGGUAAAAGCUUUUGUCGAAGUGGGGAUUUGUUAAAACACAUGAGAACACACACAGGAGAAAAACCAUUUAAUUGUACAGUUUGUGGUAAAACCUUUUCUCAACAGAACAGUUUGACCGACCACGUAAGAACACACACGAGAGAAAAACCGUUUAGUUGCUCAGUGUGUGGCAAUAGCUUUUCUCAAAAGUGUAGUUUGGUACGACACAUGAGAACACAUUAAGUUGUUCAGUUUGCGGUGAAAAAUUCCAUCAUAAUGCAGAGGCUAUUAGACAUAUUAGAACUCACACAGGAGAAUAGUCAAUCAGCUGUGGGUUUUUUUUUUGUCCUAUACUUCUCAAAUGUGUUGACAUCCACCAAAGCCCAGGACCUCCUCACAAUAAGUUGUCUGAUUAUUUUACAAAUAUCCAUUGUCGAUGUACAAAGUGGGAUUAAAUGGAGCAUAAUCUAAUCUAUUUAUGAUCCUGCUUCUUCUGUGUAUCUGAAACUAAAGCGUAAUAUAGACGAUUUUUGUAGUGCUUGGUUACUCCUUCUUCAGACGAGACAGAGCUGAUGAGUCUUGCUGGGAAGGAAUUGUAGUCUUCUUCAGUGAUGCUUUUGCUGCUUUCAGAAUGUCUGACUUUGA